UAUAUUCUGUGUUAUCAUUCUCAAUAUCACGAUCAUAUCUAUAUGAUCUAAAUGGUAUAGUUAAAAAAAAACGUAAUGGUCUACAUAUCCUUGCUUAAUAUAUUUUCGUGUUAUGUUUUUAUUAAAAAUAUAAUAACUAAAAAUGGUACAAAAAAAAUUAUUCGAUAUAAGUCAAACUUCGUUCCUGAACAUAAUCUUGUUAAGCUAAUAGAUGUUGAUAAAUUAUCAAAUUUUAUAAAACAUCAUAACAAAAUUCUUGUACUAACAGGAGCUGGUAUUUCUACUGAAAGUGGUAUACCUGAUUAUAGAUCAAUUGGUGUUGGUCUCUAUGCUACAAGUAAAAGUAGACCUAUAGUUUUUCAAGAGUUUGUUAAAAAUGAAGAUGUUCGAAUACGAUAUUGGGCACGUAAUUUUGCUGGUUGGCCUAGAUUUUCAUCGACUUUACCAAAUUUUGGGCAUAUAUUUUUAAAAAAAUUGGAAGAAAGUGGAAAGAUAAUUCAUAUUAUUACCCAAAAUGUAGAUAAUUUACACAGUAAAGCUGGAAGUAAAAAUGUACUAGAACUUCAUGGUACUUCCUAUGUGGUCCACUGUUUAAAAUGUGAUUAUUCUAUUAACAGACAUAAAUUUCAAGAUGUAUUGUCAAGUUUAAAUCCAGAGGUACCAAUUAAAGAGUUAUAUAAUCUUAGACCAGAUGGUGAUGUUGAAUUAAUUUUAGAACAAAUAAGUCAGUUUAAGGUACCAAAAUGUCCAAAGUGUGAAAACAAUUUUUUAAUACCUCAAAUUGUUUUUUUUGGUGAUAAUAUUCCAAAAAAACAAAUUUUAAAAGUGAAUGAUUUGAUAGAAGAUUGUGAUUCCCUAUUAGUUAUAGGAUCAUCUUUGUUUGUAUAUUCUGGAUAUAGAAUAGUACUAGAAAUAAAAUCAUAUAAAAAACCAAUUGCUAUUAUCAACAUAGGACCAACUCGUGCUGAUGAUGAUGCUGAUAUAAAAGUAGAAGCAAAAUUUGGAGAUAUAUUACCAUUAAUUAGUAAAAAAUUGAAUGAGUUAAACUAAAUUUGUUAUCAAAUAGGUAUUAAUCAAUUGAUAUUACACAUUUUAUUUUGUAAAAAAUGUUAUACUUCAUUACUAAAUGGUUAUGUAAAUA